AGUGACUCAGCUGCUGGCUGCUCCCCCAGAACCCCUGCCAGGAAGAAUCAGACUCCAGAAGAAACUAUGCCCCAGACAUCUGUGGUCUUCUCCAGCAUCCUUGGGCCCAGCUGUAGCGGACAGACACAGCCUGGCAUGGGGGAGCGGAGCAGCGGUACUGGUGGUGCUGGGGACCUCGUCUUCCAAGAUGGACGCCUUGUCUCUGGGUCCCUGGAGGCCUUGAUGGAGCACCUGGUCCCCACUGUGGACUACUACCCUGAUAGGACAUUCAUCUUCACCUUCCUGCUGACUUCCCGUGUUUUCAUGCCCCCGCACGACCUGCUGGCUCGCGUUGGGCAAAUCUGCCUGGAGCAGAGGCAGCAGCUGGAGGCUGGGCCUGAGAAGGCCAAGCUGAAGUCCUUCUCUGCCAAAAUCGUGCAGCUCCUAAAGGAGUGGACAGAGGCCUUCCCCUAUGACUUCCAGGACGAGAAGGCCCUGGGCGAGCUCAAGGCCAUUGCACACCGUGUCACCCAGUGCGAUGAGGAGAAUGGCACGGUGAAGAAGGCGAUUGCACAGAUGAUCCAGAGCCUGCUGCUGUCCCUGGCCGCCCGGAGCCAGCUUCAGGAGCUGCGGGAGAAGCUGCGGCUGCCAGCUGUGGACAAGGGGCCCAUGCUGAAGGCCAAGCCACCAGCGGCACAGAAGGACAUCCUUGGCGUGUGCUGUGACCCCCUGGUGCUGGCCCAGCAGCUGACCCACAUCGAGCUGGAGAGGGUCAGUAGUAUUCACCCUGAGGACCUGAUGCAGAUCAUCAGCCACACAGAUUCAUUGGACAACCACCACAGGUGCCGAGGAGAUGUGGCCAAGACCUACAGCCUAGAGCACUAUGACAGUUGGUUCAACUGCCUGAGCAUGCUGGUGGCCACCGAGGUAUGCCGGGUGGUGAAGAAGAAGCACCGGACCCGCAUGCUGGAGUUCUUCAUUGACGUGGCCCGCGAGUGCUUCAAUAUAGGGAACUUCAACUCCAUGAUGGCCAUUAUCUCUGGCAUGAACCUCAGUCCUGUGGCACGGCUGAAGAAAACGUGGUCCAAAGUCAAGACUGCCAAGUUUGAUGUCCUGGAGCACCACAUGGACCCAUCCAGCAACUUCUGCAACUACCGCACGGCCCUGCAGGGUGCCACGCAGCGGUCCCAGAUGGCCAACAGCAGCCGUGAGAAGAUUGUCAUCCCUGUGUUCAAUCUCUUUGUCAAGGACAUCUACUUCCUGCACAAAAUCCACACCAACCACCUGCCCAACGGACACAUCAACUUCAAGAAGUUCUGGGAGAUCUCCAGGCAGAUCCAUGAGUUCAUGACCUGGACACAGGUGGAGUGCCCCUUUGAGAAGGACAAGAAGAUUCAGAGCUACCUGCUCACAGCACCGAUCUACAGUGAGGAAGCUCUCUUCGUUGCCUCCUUUGAGAGCGAAGGCCCUGAGAACCACAUGGAGAAGGACAGCUGGAAGGCCCUCAGGACCACGCUCCUCCACAGAGCCUGAGUGGGAUGCGCCUGCGCCUGCACCUGUGGACGCUGCGAUGCUCACA